AUGCUUGAGAAACCCAAUGCCGGAACACUCUUCCUGAAAAUUCCAAAGGUUGUAUUGGACUUCCACAAGAAUCCAAUACCAUUUGAAUCAAUGGUCUUCCUCCGGGAAAAGCUCAUUGAUGUCGAGCAAAACCUUGAUAUAAUACCAGUCUUGUGUGAUUCUAUCUUACCAACAAACACUUGA